GGCAACAAAGGUGGUGUAGCCAUAAGAUUUCGUUUUCAUGAUUCAUACUUGUGCUUUGUGAAUUGCCACCUGGCAGCAAAACCAGAGGAGUUAGAGAGAAGAAAUCAAGAUUACAUGGAGAUAUGUAGACGAAUGACUUUUCCUGUUGAUACAAGUGAAGGGUACUCCUCACUAUAUGGUUGGGUCGGUGAUUAUAUACCUCCUCCUGCUAAGUAUGCGGCAGCAGCUGUUGUUGGAAUGGGAGGAAUGAUUAUUCCAGGCAUAAAUGCGCUUAAUGAUUCAUCCACGGAUGUUGUCGGAGCUGGAGUUGUUAUAUCAAUAUUUGAUAAUGAGUAA